UUAUUCCUCCGAGGGAGAGAUUUAAUGGUCCGAGUAAAACUUGCUCUCCCUCCUUUUGUGUGGCUCCGCAGCAGGAGGACCGUGAUGGUGUCUGAGCCGGAGAGGAGAAGCGGCUCCUGUACCUUUAAGACUGUGGGCUUCAUAUUGCUGCUGCUCUCAUGGCAGUCUCUACGUACACGCUUUCAAAGUUUGACUGGGGAAUAGAUGUAGGCUAAUACUGAAAACAGCAGCUUCUCCCCCGCUGCAAACAGAAACUGGGCAAGCUUUUGUAAAAAAAUAAAAGGGGUGCGGAGGUGGGGGGGCGUCCGCUCGGUGGUACCGGACUCCGCGUUAUGAACAGCAACGGUGAUGACUGAGCGGAUUUUCGCUUUGUAAAUGGAAAAAAGAAGAAGGUUAAUGUGACACUGUUUGUUGAAAAGGAGGGACUCUGGCUGGCCGCAGCCUCCUGCCCAACCAUGCCGCUGCUAUUCCGUGCAUUGUUGUUCGGCAUUGUAACACUCCUGGUUGUGUUUUUGAUCAUUGCUGAUAUUGCUGAAGUGGAAGAAGAAAUUGCGAAUACUGGACAUUCAAGGAAAAUGAACUUGAGCAGACUCAUCCCAAAGGCCCACAGAACGGUUGCAGCAAAGGUGGAGCCCACUCCUUUGUCGGGUUCAGGUAAAGAUGUAAGCCAUCCUCCUCCAAACUGCAACAACACUGCCAAACUCCCUUCAAAUAACUGGACAUUCAACAAGACCCUCUCCAAGCUCAUCAGGAAGAACAUUUUGAGAUUCCUGGAUCCAGAGAGGGACAUCUCUAUUCUGAAGGGCACCUUGAAACCAGGAGACGUCAUCCACUAUGUUUUUGACCGCCAGAGCACGACAAACAUCUCAGAAAACCUGUACCGUCUCUUGCCGACUGCGUCCCCCAUGAAGAACCAACAUCACAGACGCUGCGCCAUUGUGGGCAACUCGGGCAUCCUUUUGAACAGCAGCUGUGGAGCAGAGAUUGACUCUCAUGACUUUGUCAUUAGGUGUAACCUGGCACCUGUGGAGCAAUACUCUGGGGACGUGGGAUGGCGGACAAAUUUGGUGACCAUGAACCCUUCAGUGGUGCAGCGGGCGUUCCAGGACCUAGCCAGUGAGGAGUGGAGGGAGCGCUUCCUGCAGCGGCUACAGAGCCUCAGCGGCAGUGUACUGUGGAUCCCGGCCUUCAUGGCUAAAGGGGGAGAGGAGCGUGUGGAGUGGGCCAUCCGUCUCAUUCUGCUGCAUACUGUGAAUGUGCGCACCGCCAUCCCCUCACUGCGCCUUCUCCACGCUGUCAGAGGAUAUUGGCUGACCAACAACGUCCACAUUAAGCGGCCAACCACUGGGCUCCUGAUGUACACCAUGGCCACUCGCUUCUGUGAGGAGAUCCAUUUAUACGGCUUCUGGCCCUUUCCACUCGACCCACAAGGCAAACCAGUCAGUUACCACUACUAUGAUACUCUGAAGUACGAGUAUACCUCCAGUUCAAGUCCACACACUAUGCCUUUGGAGUUUAGGACCCUGAGCAGAUUGCACAGACAGGGGGCGCUCCGGCUCCACACUGGGACUUGUAAUGCAGGGAAGCCGACACAGAGAGAACCCCAAAGCAAACAGUAGCUAGGAUUAUCUCCAUGUAAACACCCCCUGUACUCUGGGAAAUACCACUCUCGACUGAGCAUACUCUCUAGCAGUUUGUAGAGAAAAUACUAAUUGUGUGAAACAAUGCUCUUCUCCGCUGUACGUUUAUGAAACUGUAAGGAAUUUAACUUAUUUUAAGUUAUUUGGAUGUACUUUUUUAAAUUAUUUUUGAGUUCUCUGUGUUAGAUACAUGAGGUGCCCUUAUUCUAUAACAGCCUUUAAAAGUGGUUAGACAGUGCUGGUUAGUUUGUUGCUGCUCGUCAAACCCCAUUGUCUCUGGGGAUUAUGUCAAGUCUGUCAGAUUGCCUCUUAUUUUCAUUAAGCUGGCAAUCUAAAACAUAGUCUGGCAAGGCUGUGGAUUAAAUAAUGAGAUUACAUGUUUGGAUUUCUGGAAAUUGCUCAUGAUAGAUUUAACUUAUCAAGUUACAUGUGAAGUGUUAGCCAGGAUAUGAAAGGCAUGAAGCGUUGCCCAGUUUAUAUCACUUAUAUCAGCACCCAGUUAUUAGGGAAAUUAGAAUGAAAAUAACAAUGUUAGUUUAUUAUUAUUACUAUUUUAUUUUAUUGACAAAUUUUUUAUGUAAUGAUCCCCUUCGAUCAAAUAUUUAGUUUGUGAUCCAAAAAAAGUAUUUCUGCUGUGACGGAGAAAAUUGUUUGCCAUUUUAGAGUUUAUGGCUGUAAAUGUUGUGCUGACAUUAAAAUAAGGGAUUCACAAUCAUCGGUUUGAAAUGUUAUAGCCAAGGUUCGGAAGUGUUGCUGAUUCCUUUCAUCGCUGAAUAAAAACAGCUCGCCCGUCAUGAAAUGAAGACAGGUCGGAGGUCAAAUCGAAGCAAGAAACCACUUGGAAAUCCUAGACCCGCUCGGCUCCCUUCAGCACCGGCAGAUACUUGAUACUGUUGGUUUACCUUGAGUGCUGAAUGAGGCAGCGGAGCCAUGUUAAAUUGUAUUCAACUGCCCUAAGAAGAUUAAGGAUAAGGAGGAUACCAGCUGUGCUCACAAGACAGUUUACUCAAGCUCAGCUAACAGUAAACUUGCUUUGCAAACUUUUUUUUUCCAAGAAAAGGAACAUCAGAGGUGCAUCUGCGCUGGAAAUUUUAAUGAUGGGAGGUCCAGCUGUAACUGUGCAGCAGGGAUCAGAAGACCUUGGAUUUUUUUUUUUACUGAAUGUGUUGGUUAUAUUCUUCCCAAUGCUGUAAGAAAUCAUGCCUACACUCUGUACCAAAAUGUACACAAUUCCUUGUUAAUGUUAAUGAUCUCAGCACAGUAAUGCUGAAAGAGGGAAUACCGAAUUGAUUGUAUACCUUUUAUCAAUAGAGACAAUUUAUCAGUAAUAUUUUGUAGCUCGUUUGGUAUAGGGUUUGACUGAUAUGGGGUUUUGAAGCCUGAUACAGAUACCGACAUUUGUGGAAUGAAGCUGCCAAUAGCCGAUACUUUGUGCCUAUGCUCAAUAUCUCCAAAUUUCACCAUUUGUGUUCCCAGAAAUCCAAAAAUUAAGUGUUUACUCAAGACUUUCAUUUUCGAUAUGGUGGAAAAACCGCUGAACAUGAUGUAUCCCUGAAAUAAAAAACACUGGAACGACUAAAUUCAAUGUGCAAAGAAAAUAAAAUUUGGUUACAGGUUUUGCAGACUGAUUUUACAUAGCUGUGGUCAGGGGUGAACCUCCUUUUUUUUUUAAAUCCAAGUCGGACAGCACUCACUGACCAUUACUUGAUUUUUACUGAAAAAUGCUGGAGCAUUUUAAGCGCAAACUUGUAUCAGUCUAGCCCUAGUUUGGAUGACCCUGUUUGCACUAAAAGCUCCACCUUAAAACAUUGUCGAGUGAGUUUUUAAGUGGAGUUGUUUUGAAGCAGGGCUUUUGUCAGUUUUUCCUUUUUUUAGCAGGAAAAUGCCCCUGUUAAUGUAAGUUACCAGAAAUAUUUGAAAUAUUCCAAGUACACUCCAGCUAAACAAGCAGCCUCUCAUGUGCUCCCAGCCAUGUGAUUUAUCCAUAAAAGUGUUGUUUUGACAGGAUCCGCCUGUUGACUUACAUGUUGGCCUUAUUAUGCUGCCAAUUAAGUUAAGAAUAGACAUUAAAGUUCUACUAGAGACGUCAGCAGUCUGUAGCAAUGAAAGGUUUAUUUGUUAAGUCUGUCUGAGUUUGGCAAAAAUAGAAACGUUCUGUGACCAAUACUACUAAGUUAAUUAGCCCAAAAUCGGGUAUGGGUCACAGUUUGGACAGCACUCUACAGAGAUGUGGAGUUCCUGCUGUCAAACUGUGGUGAUGGUACUGUAUAGCCGUAGCCUGCUUUUGCACAAGUUGAGUGUAUGUUAUGUUUAAAGUUAUUAUGAUCAAGCAAAAACACAUACGUAAGCUUAUGCAUGUUUGUCUUGUCUUGAUGUGUACAGCCUAGAAGUUUUGUUUUUUAAAAGAUUCAACCUGGAAAUGGUUGGGGGGAACUGUUAAAUUGUGAUAUUUUAGGAAAAGGAAUGUAUUCCUUUGCUGUGGUUGAAAAUACAUAAAAUAAAAAAGGCAGCAAUACCAGCAGAUGAGAAUGGAAACAAAACAAAAAAAAAAAGUACCUCAAGUCCUUCCUUUAAGAUGAUAUACAGACUUCAAAGGAAGCAGUUUUUACUUCAAAGAAAUGGAAACUGGAACCAGCCAUGGGUACAUAUAGUAUCUCUACAAUAAUAGUAUUCUGUGUGGAAACUAAGCAGGGACAUGUCUUCAGUAUACUUCAAAAACAGUUUGAACAUUUAAUUUUUUUUUUUUUUUUGGCCUCUGUAUGGGAUUGGGGAAAUUAGUUACAGUCUACAAAUAGCUACCACAACGACUUUGAUUCUGUUUAUUUAAAAGGACCUUUCUGUAGUACAUAAUUCGCUUCAAAUAAAAGUCCCAAAUGAAAAUUAUUAGACCAACAGUUUUUUUCCACAUUCAAACAUACAACUAAAGAUAAAAUAGAACACACUGGUUAGAACAUUGAAGCCAAAUUGCGCAGAUGGAGGAGGAUGAAUGUACAAGGGGUAGCUACUCUAAUCGUACUCAUCUGAGACAAACUUGUAGAGGCACAAGAAAGAACCUGCUGUUUUUAUGCGUGCACAGUUCAAAACUAACUUUAAACAUGAAACGCAGCCUUUUACACAGAAUACUGAAAUGAACUUUGUCAAUCGGAAGGAAAAAAAAACAACAACAAUAUACCAGCAUUGAUGUACAUUCAACCACCAGGAUGCAAUAGUUCUUAGCUGAUAAGAAAUAUGUACUCAUAGCCAAAUUUAAAUAUGCAUAAAAAGUAUAUCAAAUGUAGUUUAGAACAGCAUGAAAGUUUGAUAUACAUAUGAUUCAGUGUGUAAUUCAAAAGACCCUCCCAAAAGUCCUCAUUCAUACACCCUCGCACAGUGCAUGAACAUUAAACACAUUUCAUUGUGCAGUCUUGUGUAAGUUACUGCAGUAACUUGGUUUUGAACAAAGGAGAGGUGCCGCACGCUGCUGAUUCUCUUAAGAAAAUGCACAGACAAUAUACUGUGCAUGUGGAUAGUGUUUAUGAUCCGCCAAGACAAAUAUAUUCCUACCAGACACAGAGGUUGUUUGGACAGCUUGGAAACAGGCUGCACCUGGAGGCGGCGGUGCACUAUCAAAGAACAGUUUUGAUUAAAACACAAGGUCACAAACAACACUCGGUAUAGUCUGCAGCAAAGGGUACAGGAAGCACACUCACAUCUUCUCAAAAAACAAGAAAACAAAAAGCUACCCAACCUAGGAAUAAUCUGCUUUCCUCUUAAAAUGAUUGUUUACUGUACAAUAAUGAAGAAAAGUAAACUGUAAACUCCCCUGCUUAUCCAUUUUUAUUUUGAAUCAGGCUUAUAAUUGAUCAUCACAUAACUCUGGAUUUAAAUACAGGAUAAUAUGACUGCAAACCGGUUAGACAUUAAUUAGAGCACGGAUCAGAUUCAUACAUCUAAUGGGCAAAGGAAGUGAACCGCUUGUUCAGGAUCAGGCAAAAUCCCAUUUAAUGGCUAAAAAGCAAAAUGUUUCAUAUAAAGAGAAAUGCUGUUGUCAUGUGUUUGUGACAAUUUGCCUUUACAGAUAUUAAUACCCUGAGCUGCUGGUUUGAUAACACUUUCCAUUACUGAGAUAUCUGGUUGGCAGUUUUCUGUUGAUUUGUCACGGCCUCCAUUCUCCAUGGCAUCUGAAAUUGUACUUAUAAUACAUUGAAACCCCAGGAAAAUCACAUUUGAUAAAGAAAUGCCAUGCAUGAUGAAAUUUUGCUCAUGAAACUUUGCUCUGUUUUGCCAUCAUAUUACAACUAAAAAGGAGAAAAGAGGCUGUGCAGCGGUGCAGUGAAGGGAGUUUUUAGGAGG